AUGGGGUUUGGAAAAGUAGGGAAGAAGAAAUAUUGGGUUUGUGAUGGGAAGAAUUCAUAUAUUGAGGCUAUGGUUAAAGGGAGUGAAGAUGAUGGAAAAAUAAUUGUUGAGACUAGAGAGGGAAAGGAACUCCUUACUACUGUAAGGAAAAGGGGCAAAGACUGCUCUGGCUUCUUUGAGCUGAGUGUGGGAGCUCGACGUGAGGCCCGUUGUGAGGCAGCUCAAAAUGGCAGUAGCAAGUGGCAGGUACAAGUUAAAAUGAGUAAUCAAAGGAGAGAUGGGGAAUGAAUCUUUGAAAUGAUUGAAGACAUGCUAGUGCUGACUCACUUCAAAGAAACAUCUGUGCUACGUACCCUUAAGAGACGCUAUGACCAUCGGAUGAUCUGUACAUAUUUAGGUCUCUUCUACGUGGCCAUAAACCCUUACAAGUGGUUUUCUGUGUAUCAGAAAGAAGUCGUACCUGCCUACAAAGGGAAGAGAGUAGAAUCUGGUGCUGGAAAGAUUAUGAACACCAAAAUUUUGCAAUAUUUUGCUACCAUAGUCACCAUGAGUGAUACCAGGAAAAAGCUGGUAAGUGUUCAAAUAUCAUGGCAGSAAAGGACUUUAGGAGUUCUAAUCAUGCAAGUGAAUCCUAUCUUGGAAGCAUUUGGGAAAUUCCAGACCUUGAGAAAUGACAAUUUCUCUUGUUUUGKAAGCCUUCUGGAUCUCUCUAAACUGGGUUUCCCUACUAUAGUCAUAUUCCUGGUGUCUGCAAAUCCCUCUGACUUUCAUAUUUGUUCCUGUGCAGUAGUUGCUAUGGAGAGCCCGAAUGGUGCUGAAGAAUUGCUGGCCACAGAAAAAGGCGUGGACAUCUUGUGUUUUCUUCCACAUAAGAAGUAUGGAUGCUACAGACUCCCGGGAGCCAUCAUGCAUUUUGGAAACAUGAAAUAUAAACAGAAACCCAGAAAGAAGCAACUGGAAGCAGAUGGCACAGAAAGUGCCGACAAAACUGUGUUCCUCAUGGGCACUGAUUCUUUGGAGUUCGUGAAGGGCUCGGUCCAUCCUAAAAUCAAAGUUGGUAAUGGAUAUAUUUCCAGAAGUCAAAAUAUAGAACAGGUAACCUGUGUUGUUGGUUCCUUGUCCAAGUCAAUAUGUGAAAGGAUGCUUAAGUGGCUGGUGGCAUGUAGACAGGUCCUGGAUGCUAAACUGUCAAAGCAGUUCUUCAUUAGCAUGCUUGACAUUACUGGUUUUGAAAUCCUUGAUUAUAAUAGCCUUGAGCAACUUUGCAUUAAUUUUACCAGGGAAAAAUGACAACAGUUCUUCAAUCAGCAUACGUUUAUUUUGAUGCAAGAAGAAUACAGGAAAGAGAGCAUUGACUGGGUAUUCAUUGACUUUGUUCUGGUUUUACAAGCCUGCAUAGAUCUCAUUAAGAAGCCCAUGGGCCUCCUCUCCAUCCUCAAAGAAGAAUGCAUGUUUUCGAAGGCUACAGACACGACUUUCAAGAACGAACUAUUUGAUGACUAUUUUGGACAGUUGAUUUAUUUCCAGAAGCCCAGCUCCCCUCAAGGGAACUAUGAAGCUCACUUUAAACUCAUCCAUUAUGGCGGAUGCAUGCCUUAAAACAUCAGUGGCUGGCUUGAAAAGAACAAAGACCUUAAUGAAACAGUGGUGGCAGUACUUCAGAAGUGUUCCAACAGACUCCUGGCAAGCCUUUUGGAAAAUUACAUCAGUACUGACAGUGGAGAGAUGUCAGAAAGGAGCUUCAUUCUAAUAUCAUCUCUGCAUAAAGAAACGUGAAAUAUAUUGGUGACUAAUCUGAAGUCAAUAGUGCUUAAUUUUGUGAGAUGCAUAAAUCCCCACAUUCUUCAGCAGCUGUGCCAUAAUGAUAUCAUGGAAGGGAGUAAGAUGUACCAUAAAGGUUUUCCAAACUGACUGCUAUAUGGUGAUUUUAAACAAAGGGAAACAUGUUUUCUAGGAUCCCAGAAAUGUGAGGCUGUCCAUUCUGUUUCAUUCUCUGAGUGUUUAGGCCCACAGUAUUUGUUUGGUGGAUGUCCUCCAGACUACAAAUCGAGCAAGUCUGAGAGCAGCAGAAAAGCAACUGAAGAACUUUUUGGCUCCUUGGAGAGGCACACCCAGUACCAACUUGGAGUCACUAAGGUAACCAGGAAAUUGCAAAGAAAGCAUUUGGAGAAGACUGUUGGCAACAAUUUUCUCCUCCUCAUGGCAGAAGGAGAGACCCUGGCAAAUGUUGAAGCGGAGUCACUGAUUAAAUCCCAGAUCCAGCUGGAGGCCAGAGUCGAGGAGCUGUCUGAGUGGGUGGAGGAAGAAGAGGAGAUAAAUUCUGCACUGACUGCCAGGGGGCGGAAACUCCAAGAUGAAUGUUCUGAGUUGAAGAAAGAAAUCAAUGACCUGGAAACAAUAUUAGCGAAGUCAGAGAAGGAGAAGCAUGCUUCAGAGAAUCAGGUCAAGAGCUUGACUGAGGAGGUAGAAUCUCAUAAGGAAAUCAGCAAACUUAACUGAGCAACCAAGUCCAUGCGGAAAGUUCCUUAGCAGACCCAGGAGUAUCUGUACACAGAGGAGAAACAGAGCAACUUGAGCAAAUCAAUCCUGAACCUGGGGCAGCACGUUGAUGAGCUGGAGAGUGCCCUUGAGAGGAAAGCAAGAAUGAACUGUGAAAGGGAAAAGCACAAACUACAGGGUGAUUUAAAGGUGAACCAGGAAACUGUGGAGAACCUGGAGAGCAGCCAGCAGUAGCUAGCAGAGUGGCUCAGGAUACUUAACCAGAGGCUGGAGGAGGCAGGAGGGUCCAGUUUGACUCUGCUGGAGAUGACCAAGAAACAGGAAGCAAAAAUUCAGAAGCUUCACCAAGACAAGGAGGAGGGCACAGUUGGAGGUGAUGUGCCUUUUUGAAAGAGGCAUGUAGAUAGUCAACUCAAAGUCAAGAAUCAGGAAGCAAACCUACAGCAUAUCAAGCAAAAACUGGAAAACAGUGGUUUGUAACUAAAAGUGGAUGACCUCCUGACCCUUGUUGAGCAGAUGACUAGAGCUAAGGCUAAUGCUGAGAGACUCUGUAGUCUGUAAGAAGAGCACUUGAAUGAAGCAGAUGCAAAACUAGAUGAGGCAACUCAGGUGGCCGAUGACUUGACAGCACAGAAGACAAAGCUACAGAGGGACCUGAUAAGCCAAUUUACUAGGGAAAAGAGCACUUUUACUCAGUAAAUUAAAGAACUGAGAAGGCAGCUAGAUGUGGACCUGAGUCUCAAGAGUUCCCUGGCCCAUUUGCUGUCAACUAGGCAUGACUAUGACCUUUUUGAGGAAGAACCAGAGAUCAAGGCUAAGCUUCACUGGACACUAUCCAAAGGCAAUACUAAAGUAGUGCAGUGGAGAAAGAAUUAUGAACAUGAUGUCAUCCAGAGAACUGAAGAGUUGGAGGAUGCUAGGACUGCACGAACACACAGUCCCAGCAGGCCUCUAGGAGUAUUCGGAUGUGCUUGUUACCAUGGGUCUGAGGCUGAGCCCUCWCACUCACUUUGCUAUUCUUCCCUCUCUCCAGAACAGAUUUCUAGCUUGAAAAACCAGGAUAGAAAAGGGACCCAGACUUUACCUGAAAUGGAAAAGAUCAAGAAACUGAUUGGACAAGAGAAGAUUGAAGCCCAAGUGACACUGGAAGAAAGGGAGGGAGCUCUGAAAAAUAAUCUGGAAAGCAAGAUUCUUCAUUUCCAGUUAGAACUCAUGGAAGCUAAAGCAGAAUUUGAAACUAGAGGGARGGAGGUGACAGUGCAGUCACUGAUGGAAGAACUUGGAGCUUUGGUGACUGAYUUUGAUGCUCUCCCUCCUACACAUAGGGGAGGAGGCCAGCUUAAAGGYGAGCCGGUGUCCAUCAUUGCUGUGGAGUCAACCCCGACCACCAUGACUGGGCUGCGAACAAGUAURAUGAAAAACUACCAUGACAUAAAGAAGACAUCAACCAAAGGGUGGUCGGGGCUUGCCAACAGGAAUGCUGCUUUUCCUCAGAACACAAGCCUCCUCAGCCAGAAGAAGAAUCUGGAGGCUGAUGUUUCAGAAAGAAGGAGAGAUGAUGCAGAUGUGUCAAAUGCAGAAGAGAAGACCAGGAAGGCAGCCAUGGAGGUUCAUGAACUGGAAGGUGAACUGGAGGGCCAGCUCCAUCACAAUGCAGAGACCUACAGGGAAGCUCACAGACUGGAGCAGUGUAUCAGAGAGCUGACCUAUCAGGCAGAGGAAGACAAGAAACUGAGCAAGAUGCAGACUCUGACGAAUAAACUUCAGCUCAAAGUGCAAAAUUUCAAGCAACAAGAGGAGGCGGUGGCACAAGCCAAUCAAUAGCUUUCCAAGUAUAAGCAACAUGAGCUCAAUCAAGUGAAGGAAAGGGCAGAGAUAGCAGAAUCUCAAGUCAAUAAACUGAAGAUUAAAGCAAAUGUGUUUGGGAAAAAAAAGUACAGCAGAUAUUCAACUCUGUUGUAA